AUGGUGAGGUCUGACGAGGCCGACGCCUUCUAUUUUGGCGUGUACUCGGCGAUCCAGGAGAUCCCCGUUGGCCGGGUCACCACAUAUGGACACAUCGCCGCGCUCUGUGGCUAUCCCCAGCGUCCGAGACAGGUAGGCGUCUGCCUCAAACAUCUGCCCGCCGACCCAUCCAUGCGCCACCACAAUGGCAACGUCCCAUGGCAGCGUGUCAUCAACGCAAAGGGCCUUAUCUCACCAAGGUCGGCCCCAUCCGGUGCACGCAACCAGGCAGAGACCCUGCGUGCAGAGGGCGUCACGGUCACAGAAAACGCCAUGGGGGAACUCAGCGUCGACUUUGACACCCAUGGAUGGUUCCCCGAGACCCUGCCGUCCGAGGAGACAUCAUCACAAGAAGGAGCAGAAGGGUAA